GAAGAAGAAAAAGCUUCUGCUAAACAACUCAACACGCCAGCGUUUACAGGAAGAGCGACUAAACUCACGUUAUCAGAGUUAAAGGGGGCAGCGGGUCCAGCCGCGGGUCCAGCAGCAGGACAUGGCAGGUGCAGCCGUGGUCACUGUUCGCCUGGUCAGGUCCUUCGAGCACAGAAACUUUAAACCAGUGGUGUUUCACGGGGUCGACGUUGACCAAAAGGUACAUGACUUCAUUCAGCUCGUCAGGGACGAUAUUGCAACAAGACCAGGGCUUCCUCCUCCUUUCAAGAAAUAUGCUUAUGACACAAUGAAGAUUAUCCACCAAGCACACGGAGCAAAGACUAAUGAGUUGGUGAUGAGUUUAGAUGAUGAUGAAAAGUUAAUUCUGCAAGAUGGCCAAACCCUUAGAGCUGCUGGUGUUGCAAAUGAAACAGAAGUGGCCUUUUUCCGGAAAGAAGACUACGGUCUCUACAAAGCUAAUCCCAAAACUGCUUGGUGACCACAGUAUUUUAUUUUGCAGCAGAGCGGGUGAAGCAUGCCAGGAACAAAAGGAAAACAGAAUGGUGUCAUUAUGUUUAUACUGAAGAGUUUUAAAUUGUGUUUUGUUUUUUUUUAAACUAAAGCUUAUGAUCCACCACACUGGUAUGCUUUUUCAGUUCUGUUUUUCAUUCUUCCUUUUUUGGAUAUUUGUUUUCAAUAUUGUUUUAAAAUAUGGUGAAUAAAGUUUUUUUUGACAGCUGAAGCUUUGAUUGUGUGAUGUAGUUAAGUCAGUAUAGUUAUGAGACAGUAUAUGUUAAAAGUAUCCGGUUUAAUGAACAAAACUUAAAAAGAUUGUAAGCUGCAAAACAAACUAUGUAUGUACAAACUAUGUUUCCAAAAAAAGUUGGCAUGCCAUGUAAAAUGUGAAAGGAAACCAAAAUCAAUGUGAUGAUAUGCAAAAAAAAAAAAAAUGAAAUGUUUAAUUGAAAAUAACACAGAACACCUUUUUGUUUGAGCGUCAGCAGAUAAGGACUUUGGCAUCAGUAACUCAGUGGUUGUUUGUGCCAGGUCUCUCAAAUUUUGAUACAUACUAUCGAUAUCUGGUUUUUACAAAUACAACUCACUUGGACAACUACCACACAAUCACAGGAUAUGUGAGUUAGUAUCAAAUACAAAAGAGUUGCAUUGUUACAUCCUGGGGCGAUUUGGAUCACUAGCUGGGGAUGGCUGUAACAAUGAAAGGGAAUUUGCUAAAAUAAGAUCAAAUCUACGCUCCCUCAACAGUUAUGGAAAUAUACCUGACGCAUUCAGAGCUGUGUGUCGUCCACCAAUUGGCGCAUCGGACCACAAUGUUGUACAUUCGCUUCCAAAAUAUAAAGCCCAACAAGUGAGGUCAGUCACAGAGGAGAUCGAGAUUUGGAAUGAGGUUAUGAAAAUGAAGCAAAUGUAUUUUACUAGAAAUGUUAUCAAAACACAUUAAUGCUGAAACUAUCUUAAAAUAUUGCAUGUUGUACUGAGAAUAAAAGGAAUGUCAGCCA